UCAGCAUAAUCGAAUACGCCCAGUGGGUCAGUCGUUUUCAACGCUGCAAAACACCGCCUUGAGCAAUCUGAUUGGUCUCUGUUAGCACAUUGUUGUUUGUAAUUGGCUUUCUUAUAAACCAAUCCAAUCAUCACCUCGACACUGCGGUUUCAAUAUGUUCCCCAGCCGGUUUCCUUGGCUUGAACUGAAGACAUCUAGCGACAGUGGGCUAGCUACAAGGGCUGAAGCUGGUGACAGUCAACAUUAAAAUAGCAUAUUUGUUUACGCAAGUCUUGUGGAUGCAAUUUAGUCAUUAUCCGGACUACUUGUUGACAAGCUUGAGUGCAGGGUUUGAGGAUGAACCACUUGUCCCUAAGUGAGCUGUGCUGCCUAUUCUGCUGCCCCCCAUGCCCCAGCAAGAUCACCUCCAAGCUGGCCUUUCCUGCCCCGGAGCCCACCUACACCCUCUUGUGUGACGAGAGCGGCAGUCGCUGGACCCUGCACCUGUCUGAGCGAGCAGACUGGCAGUACUCGGCACGUGAGAAAACGCCCAUCGAGUGCUUCAUGACUCGCACUUCGCGUGGAAACCGCAUCGCCUGCAUGUUUGUCGCUGCUGCGCCUUGUGCCCGCUUCACGCUCCUCUUCUCGCACGGGCAGGCCCCCGUGGACCUGAGCCAGAUGAGCAGCUUCUACAUCGGCCUGGGCUCACGCAUCAACUGCAACGUCUUCUCCCUCACGACUACCUCUGGCUACGGGGCCAUCGGGAAACCUUCGGAAAAGAACCUGUACGCCGCGGUGGGCGCCGCCUGGCACUCCUCCAGGACACGGUAA